AUGCCCAAUACACACGAUCAGCCAGUUCGGGCGCCUGCGACUCCCACCGCUAGGCAGCAAGUUAUGGACGAACUCUUCGCCGCUGUUCAAUCCGCCGUCCAAGAGCGCCCUGUCGAUGAAGAUCUUGCCGUCCGCAAGCAGCGCCAUGUCGCCAUCAAGGCACUCAUCAGGGCAGUCGACUACGUUACGCAAUCCACCGAAAGCUCUCGAUACGACAACCCUCGUGAAGGUCUGUUCGGCAACAUCGAUGACCACGACCGUGUAUCAGAGCUUGCACCGGAGUUUGUGCCCAUCUUCCUCGAGUUCCACAACGCCAUUGUUCAGAACUGUCUCCAUGUCAACAACUCCGCCGCCGCCUCCCUCGUUGUGUGCUGUCGUCGCAUGCUGAAGGGCUUUCAAGACUUCAAGGCGGAACCAACCCCCGCGUCACUCAGCCGGCUCCGAAUGGAGCUGAUUCUGAGCCAGAUGGCUCACAACCGCACCAUCAUAGCCCUCCUCCGCAACGAUCAGAAGACCCGGGCGACGGCGUUCACCAAUCUUGCCCUCAACCUUGGCGUCACCGUUUUAGUCGACGACGACGGACAUUUUACUGUUGACCCCGACGCGUGGGUCACCGAGUGA